CAGAGACCCAGGCGUCGCUGGACCAGGCCCCUGUGCAGACGCAGGAUGGGGCGGCAUCCCCGGGACCCCUCCUUCCCCCAGCCAGCCAGGCCGGGACUGGAGCCCCUGGGGCCGGCCGGGGAUGGCCCGCAAAGCCAGGGGUGAGGUGGGGCUGGGGGAGCUGCAGGAAAGGAGGGCGGGAGGCCGCGGCGGCGCUGCACUGCAGCAGCUGUUCCCGGUGGGUGACUGGCCCGUCCCGGCCGAGCCGCUCGGGCUGUGCCACACGGCGCAGUGGGGAGGGAGGCAGAGCCGCGUCCCCGUCGCAGCUCCCCGGGGACCGAGCGAGGAGAUCCCGGCUGCCGCCCGCCCCUCGCCUCCCCCGCGCGCGCCCAGCCCGGGAGGAGGAAACGCGAGCCGCGCGCAGUCACCGCCUCCUCCUCGGCUGCCGCCACCCCCGCGCCUCGGCGCCUGUUGCUGCGGCCGCCUCGGGACCCGCCGAAGCCCUCGCCGCCUCCUGAAGAGGCGGGAACCCGCCCCGGACCCCCCCCCCCCCAGGCCCGCAGCGGCGGGAAGAGCUCAGCCGGCUGGGUAGCAUGGACUUCCCGCCCGCCCAGGCCGUCGCGGCGCUGCACUGGGGCACCUGCGUACCCCGGCUCUGAGGCGUCUCGGCUCAGGAGUCUACGUCAGAGGCGUGUGGAAGAGACUGGUCUAAAAUAGAAAUACAACGGCAGCGUUGUGCUGAGUUUGCAGGCCUUUCCCAAGAUGGAACCCAUAACGUUCACAGCGAGGAGACACCUGUUUCCGAAUGACAUGUCGGUGGACUUUGGCCUUCAGCUGGUGGGCUCUUUGCCAGUGCAUCCUCUCACCACCAUGCCCAUGCUGCCCUGGGUGGUGGCAGAGGUGCGGCGGCUCAGUGGGCAAGCCUCUAGGAAGGGGCCUGGUCCCAAGCAAGUCCGGCUUUGUGUUUCGCCUUCUGGACUGAGAUGUGAACCUGAUCCGGGGAAAAGUCAGCAGUGGGAUCCACUGAUCUGUUCUAGCAUCUUUGAGUGUAAACCUCAGCAUGUUCACAAACUGAUUCACAACAGCCACGAUCCAAGUUACUUCGCUUGUCUGAUUAAGGACCGCGUGGCCCACAGACAGAGUAUCUGCUAUGUGUUCAAAGCCGAUGAUCAAACAAAAGUGCCCGAGAUCAUCAGCUCCAUCCGGCAGGCAGGGAAGAUUGCCCGGCAGGAGGAGCUCCACUGCCCCUCGGAGUUUGACGACACGUUUGCCAAGAAGUUCGAGGUACUUUUCUGUGGCCGAGUGACAGUGGCUCACAAGAAGGCCCCGCCGGCCCUGAUCGACGAGUGCAUCGAGAAGUUCAACCACGUCAGCUGCAGCAGAAAAGCUGAAUUUGAUGCGACCCCUCAGCAUCCUGAAGCCACGGGCCCCUCUGGAGGACUUUCCUUCACUGAGAAAGUACGGUCGGUGCUCCAGCCAGUGGGCAAUGGGGAGCCAGGCCCCAGGCCCAUGCGCAAGUCCUUCUCUCAGCCAGGGCUGCGCUCCUUGGCCUUUAGGAAGGAGUUUCAAGAUGGAAGCCUCCGAAGUCAUAGUUUUUUCAGCUCCUUUGAGGAAAACGACAUUGAGAACCACCUGAUUGGUGGACACAGUAUUGUGCAGCCCACAGAUAUUGAGGAGAAUCGAACUAUGCUCUUUACGAUUGGCCAGUCUGAAGUUUACCUCAUCAGCCCCGACACCAAAAAAAUAGCUCUGGAGAAGAAUUUUAAGGAAAUAUCCUUUUGUUCUCAGGGCAUUCGGCAUGUGGACCACUUUGGGUUCAUUUGCCGAGAGGCAUCCGGAGCUGGAGGCUUUCAUUUUGUCUGUUACGUGUUCCAGUGUGCAAGCGAAGCUCUGGUCGAUGAAAUCAUGAUGACCUUGAAACAGGCUUUUACGGUGGCUGCUGUGCAGCGGACAGCCAGGGCGCCUCCCCAGCUGUGUGAGGGCUGUCCCCUGCAGGGCCUGCACAAGCUCUGCGAGCGGAUAGAGGGAAUGAAUUCUUCCAAGACCAAACUAGAACUCCAGAAGCACCUGACCACAUUAACAAACCAGGAGCAAGCAAUGAUCUUUGAGGAGGUUCAGAAAUUGAGACCGAGAAAUGAGCAGCGAGAGAAUGAGUUGAUUAUUUCUUUCCUGAGAUGUCUAUAUGAAGAGAAGCAGAAAGCUCACAUCCAUGUUGGGGAGAUAAAGCAGACACCACAGAUUCCUGCGGAGAAUAUUGGAAAUGAGUUACCACCCAGUGCCACUCGAUUUAGGCUAGAUAUGCUAAAAAACAAAGCAAAGAGGUCAUUAACAGAGUCUUUAGAAAAUAUUUUGUCCCGGGGUAAUAAAGCCAGAGGCCUCCAGGAACAAUCCACCAGCCUGGAUCUGGACAACUCCACAUGUAGCCCGCUGGGUAACACCAGCAAAGAGCCGAGCACCUGUGAGAAGGAGGCCCUGCCUGUCUCCGAGAGCUCCUUCAGACUCCUGGGCUCCUCGGACGACCUGGCCAGCGACUCCGACAGCUACCCCGAGGAUAUGCCCGCCCCACUCUCACCCCAGCAGGGCUUCCGGAGACGUGCCAACACCCUGAGCCACUUCCCUGUGGAAAGCCAGGAGCCUCCGGAGCCAGCUCAGGCAUCUCCUGGGGGCUCUCAGAGGAAGCUGAUGAGGUACCACUCAGUGAGCACAGAGACGCCUCAUGAACGAAACGUGGACUACCCUCCAGGGGGCGAGUCUAAACAUUGCUCAGGUCCAUCUCCAGCUCCUGCUCCUCCAUCUCGUCUUAACCCCUCCGCCUCUUCGCCAAUUUUUUUUAAGUACCUAAAACAUAACUCCAGUGGAGAGCAAAGUGGGAAUGCUGUGCCAAAGAGCAUCUCCUACCGUAAUGCCCUGCGGAAAAAACUUCAUUCUUCCUCCUCUGUGCCAAAUUUUCUAAAAUUUCUGGCUCCUGUAGAUGAAAAUAACACCUCUGACUUUAUGAACACAAAAAGGGACUUUGAUUCCAAAGUCAAUCACCUGGGCGAUGUCAGUGGAACUCCUGUGAAGACCCGGAGGCAUUCCUGGAGGCAGCAGAUAUUCCUUCGAGUGGCAACCCCACAGAAAGCCUGUGAUUCUCCCAGCAGACACGAAGAUUAUUCAGAACUGGGCGAACUCCCCCCACGAUCUCCAUUAGAACCCGUUUGUGAAGAUGGGCCUUUUGGCCCUGUGCCAGAGGAAAAGAAAAUGACGUCUCGAGAGCUUCGAGAGCUGUGGCAGAAGGCGAUUCUGCAGCAGGUCCUGCUCCUCAGAAUGGAGAAGGAAAACCAGAAACUACAAGCUUCUGAAAAUGAUUUGCUGAACAAGCGCCUGAAGCUUGAUUAUGAAGAGAUCACUCCUUGUCUUAAAGAAGUAACUGCAGUAUGGGAGAAGAUGCUGAGCACUCCAGGAAGAUCCAAGAUCAAAUUUGAAAUGGAAAAAAUGCAUUCAGCGGUCGGGCAGGGUGUGCCGCGUCACCACCGAGGUGAGAUCUGGAAGUUCCUGGCAGAGCAAUACCACCUGAGACACCAGUUUCCCAAUAAGCAGCAGCCAAAGGACACGCCGUACAAAGAACUCUUAAAGCAGCUCACCUCCCAGCAGCACGCAAUUCUCAUUGACCUGGGGCGAACCUUCCCAACGCAUCCUUACUUCUCGGCCCAGCUAGGUGCUGGGCAGCUGUCACUUUACAACAUCUUGAAAGCCUACUCACUGCUAGACCAGGAAGUGGGGUACUGCCAAGGCCUCAGCUUCGUGGCCGGCAUCUUGCUGCUUCACAUGGGAGAGGAAGAGGCGUUCACCAUGCUCAAGUUCCUGAUGUUUGACAUGGGCCUGCGGAAGCAGUACCGGCCAGACAUGAUCAUCCUGCAGAUCCAGAUGUACCAGCUCUCAAGGCUGCUUCACGACUACCACCGGGACCUCUACAGUCACCUGGAGGAGCACGAGAUUGGCCCCAGCCUGUAUGCGGCCCCCUGGUUUCUCACGGUGUUCGCCUCUCAGUUCCCCCUGGGAUUCGUAGCCAGAGUCUUUGAUAUGAUCUUUCUUCAAGGAUCAGAGGUCAUAUUUAAAGUGGCUUUAAGUCUGUUGGGAAGCCAUAAGCCCUUGAUUCUGCAGCAUGAAAACCUAGAAACUAUAGUUGACUUUAUAAAAAACACACUCCCCAACCUGGGCUUGGUGCAAAUGGAGAAGACCAUCAAUCAGGUGUUCGAGAUGGACAUCUCUAAGCAGUUACAAGCUUAUGAAGUUGAGUACCAUGUGCUUCAAGAGGAGCUUAUUGACUCCUCUCCUCUCAGUGACAACCAAAGAAUGGACAAGUUAGAGAAAACCAACAGCAGCUUACGCAAACAGAACCUCGACCUCCUGGAACAGCUGCAGGUAGCGAACAGUAGAAUCCAAAGCCUUGAAGCCACGGUGGAGAAGCUCCUGACCAGUGAAAGCAAGCUGAAGCAGGCCGCCCUGGCCUUGGAGCUGGAGAGGUCAGCCCUGCUGCAGAUGGUGGAGAGGCUUCAGGGGCAGGCCAUGGAGUCUGGCUGUGGGCAGCCCCAGGUCACAGGCGACUGAUAUCCCAGGAGACAGCCCCUCGCCAGAGCAGAGCUCCAGAGGAGAGGCAGCCGCACCAUCUGAAAGCACUGUCCAGGCCUUAAGUGAGAGGGACAGGAGCUGCAGGAGAGAAAGAGAAAGUGAGGCAUGAAGAGUGCUUCUCAGGGAGGGCACCAACUGGCCAGGAGGCAGAGUCUUCCGAACUAAACUUUGCACUUCGGGGCAGAUGUCCCAGCAUCUUUUUUAUUUUUUUGGUUGUCGUUUUGGUUCUGAUGCAUCCCUUCUCAGAGUCCAGAUUUCUGUGCUCAGUAGUUGGUUCUGAUGCAUCCCUUCUCGGAGUCCGGAUUUCUGUGCUCAGUAGUUGGUUCUGAUGCAUCCCUUCUCGGAGUCCAGAUUUCUGUGCUCCAUAGUUGGUUCUGAUGCAUCCCUUCUCGGAGUCCAGAUUUCUGUGCUCAGUAGAUGUAGGUGGCAUGGACAUGAAUAAAAUGCACCUUUGUAUCUC